CAGCCCCUGGCUGGGGGGCAUCCAGGGCUGCGGCCCCUGGGCCUGAGUCUCCCCCCCACCCGCCCAGGCACAGAGGACCACACCUGCUUCUCGUGCCGCACCCUCAGUGGGCAGAGGGUGCAGGUCCCCCAGAGCCCAGUAGUUGGCACACACGCUGGCAGGUGCCCGCCACCAUUCUGCGGCCCCGCACGGGGCGCCCACCCCAGGCAUCUGCAGUGUGUGUCGUCGCUGCUCCUGGUCAUGUCUGUGACGCAUCUGUGUGGCCCGCCUGGGGCCCGGGGCCCUGCUCCAUUGUGUUUGUGUCCGACAAAAUCAGGUGAAACCCACGGCCGUGAGCUGGGCUGGACCGUGUUCUUCCUGUCACGUACGUGCGUGUACACGUUCCUCAGAAACUGAAAUAAAGUCUAAUUUUGGAAGCUCCUGUUCGGUGGAAUGUGUGGAAACGGGACUCGGGGGGGUAGGGGAGGAGGUGGCCCGGGCCGCUGGCACUGCCUUGGGGCCUGGAGGACUUCCGGCCACUGCCUGCCUCUCACAGAAGAUCCUAUUCCCGGGCCCAGUGAGGACACCCGCCAAGGGGAAGUGUGCUCAGAGGGGCAGCCCAGCCCUCGCGUCCCUGUCCACACCCCUGGGAUCCCCGCCCCUGGGAGGGCAGGUCCCCAGCACCUGUCAAAAGGUGCUGGGGACCCGUGGCUCAGAUCUGCCCCGAAAGAACAGUGAGCACCACAGGGGGCGUGUGGGGAGGCUGGUCGGGCCGUGGGCUGGGCUCCGCACCCACCAUGUCUGCACCCCCAGGAAGCAUGGCCGCCUGCCCUGUGCUGGGUCUCGCUGCUCUGCUCUGCCUCUCCGCGCCUCAGGCCAGCUCCGUGGUGCAGUAUCGGCGGCCGGUGCACGUGGUGCUUCUGGAACCCCAAGGUCCCCACCCGGCAGGUCUCACUGCCCAGGAGGGCCCAGCGGGGUCCCUGCCCAGAGCAGCCUGAGGGGAGGGCAGGCAAGGAUGUGGCCCCACUGUAUACCCUCCUAAUGCGGGCUGGGCUUGGGGUGGCGCUCGGCCCGCUGCCAGGCCAGGAGGACGAAGGUGGGGAAGCCAAGACUGACCUUGCGAGGGCAACAGGGAGGGACUGCUCUCACAUCUGGAUGCAGAGACCCCGCGCCCCGAGCGGUGUGUACACCGUCCAGCCAGAAGGAGCCAGCACCCCCUUCGAGGUUCUCUGUGACAUGCGCCCGGACGGUGGCUGGACAGUGAUUCAGAGCCGAGACCAGGGCCAGGGGACGCCUCUGGACUUCGAGAGGUGCUGGCAGGAGUACAAACAGGGCUUCGGAGACCUGAGAGGUGACCACUGGCUGGGGCUGGACCACAUCUCUAGCCUGACCUCCCAGCCAGGCCUGCGCUCCGAGCUGCGCGUGGAUCUCCUGGACGCAGACAACCAUACGCUGCAGGCCCACUACGAUGACUUCCGCGUGGGCAGGGAGGAACAGUUUUACCCGCUGACCCUUGGCCGGUACUCGGGGAAUGCAGGGGACGCGUUCCGGGGCUUGGGCCACACGGACAACCAGGAGGGCUGUGGCUUCAGCACGCUGGACCGUGACCAUGACCGCUGCUCACCUUGCGUGGACGGCGCCCAGACCUUCACCAGCUGCAGCCAUGAUCGCUCAGGCGCUGGAUGGUGGUACAGCACCUGCGGCCGUGCUGACCUCAACGGGCUGUGGCCGGAGCAGGCCGGGGCCGCCUCAGGCAUGCGCUGGGCCGCUGGUGACCACCAGCCCGCCCUGCGCGCCAGCGUGCUGCGCGUGCACACCACUGCUUCCGGCAAGGUCUAGGCCUCCCGCCAGUCCGCGUCCGAGCCUCAUUAAAUGUUUAAGCCUGGC